AUGUCAAAACGCCCACUUGAGUGGAAUGCAACAUCAGAGCAGAAGGCCGCCAAGCAUUCAACAGGCGGGGCGGCAGAGCAUCCAGCAGGCGGGGCUUCAGAAGGAGACAAAACGAUAGAAGAGAAAAGUGCAGAAGAUCCUGUUUUGUUACAGCUUGACAAAUCGGUGAUCAUCAAUGGAGUGAAUAUCACAGAAACCUCAACAAUCAAAGUGCUUCGAGCAGCAUGCAAGUUUCUGCGCAUUUCGGAGUCGGGAUCAAAAGCCAAGUUGUGGCAAAGAAUCAUCAGCAAGUUGCAAACAGAGCAGAUUUUGGCAAACCAAGAGAUUGCAGCUCAGAGCUUAACAGAUGCAAUUCGAGUUCCAGUCUCAGCUCAAUCAGUGGAAAGCCCUUCACCAGAGGUGAUUGAACCGGAUGCAAAGCGGUUGAGAAGUCGCCGAGCAGAGGAGGAUCUUCCCCAUGAAGAUGAAGAGCUGUUUGAACCUUUUAUGAACUCUUCUUUGUUGGAUUCUGCUGACUUGGAGGUGAUUGGUUCAAGCAACUUUGAUCAGGAGAACUACGAUGUGUAUGCGCAACAUUUCCAGGAGAGCAGCUCAGAAGAGAAAUGGGAAGUGGAUUCAUCUGAAUUGUGGUAUCCCUUUACGGAGUCAGAACCUCAGCUCAGUGAACAGCAGAUGUCAUACCUGGAUGAGAUUGCAGACAAAGUUGAAGUUCAGAGAUUGAAAAACAUGAAUGUAUUGCAGGAUUCAGAUGGAUUUUCAGGAGAGCUAGACACCAGUCUCAGUGCGAAAUUUGUGCGAACUUGGAGGAAAAAGACGCUGGAUGGAGUUCCUAUGUAUCUCAGGAGAGCACGACUUUGUGCACGAACAGAGCUGUCCUUUGUCAUCCUCAAGUGCCUUCCCGGACAACGGGAUGCUGCCAAGUUGUGGUACUUGUUUUUCACCGAUGCUUUGAAACGUUUGCUUGGCGCAACAGUCUGUUUAGAGCAACCUGCGUUGGUGAAAUGUGGCAACAACGCAGUUCUUCUUUUGCACGUUGACGAUGUUCUCUUUUAUGGCAAUGAGCAGUGGAUAUCCUCAGUGAUGAUUCCUGCCUUGAAGAGCGAGUUCAAGAUGAGCUGCCAAUAUGUCAAAUCAUUUGAUCGAUGA